CACGUGACCGUAAAGAUGUAUGUACGACACAGAUGCGACAAGGAAGUAAACAGUCGCGACCUUGACGUAAACAACCAUGACGAGGACUCCUGGACUUAACAAUCGUAUGGAGACUUCUGCAUGAUAAGUACAAGUAUUGAGAAUGACAGAGUCGAAAUCAUCGAUGGACAGUGAGCGUACAGCUGUGAUAAAAAGUAAUCUUUCAGAAAUCUCAAACAAUUUGCACAAGCACGUGAUAAGCCUUGGUCGGGAUCCCCCACCCGGUCAUCACGAAACUGGUAACCAUGGAGAUUCUGCAAGUGACCUUGACGAAAUUGAGCAGCUAUGCAGCAGAGUCACGACGCUGUGCACCUUUCAUGAGAGUUUAUCUUCGGCACAAUAUGGCAGCGGAAGAUACAGAAGAAACCCCCAGAUUCUGCAGGACCCUCACAAUAGUCGGCUCCUACGACCUGCAGUGGGAUACAGCAGUAGCCCUGAGGUGCAAUGUAUGUGGAAAUGGAUUCAAUGGCUGGAACGAAAUAUAACUCCACAAUCAAAAAAUGAAAUUCCACCUGAUCCAGAGGAUAUAGGGCCCCCAUCAAAAACCACAUCAAAAGUACAAAAAACAGGCUGCAUUGCGAAAGGGAUAUGGGGACAUAACCAGAGAAUGUUGAAUUUAAACAUGGAGCAGUCACGUGAAAUCAACGAUUUAAACACGACAAUAAAAAUAGAUCCGAGGAAAAAAGACGUUCAAGAGACGCUGAAAGGAUUGAGAAUCAAACAGAACACAUUAACAGAGGAAAUUGAAAAAUUAACUGCUUCUCUAUCAAAAGUGACACGUGAAAAAGACUAUUGGAUAAACAGAAUGAGCAGCAUGGCUGGCAAGAAAUUGAGAGACAAUAACCCAGAGUUGAUUGAUCUGAGUGACUCCAACGGACCCCUAAAGCUGGCGGAUAAGUUCUCCGAGCUGUACGAUAAUCAAUGGACUAGCGCCUCCGAACAUUUACAUACCACUUGCCAAAUGUCAAACGAAAAUGCCAUACAACAACUCUCGUCGUUAACAAAGGAGUGUUACAGCUCUUGCUAUGAGAAGGCCGGACGCCAGCUUCAGUAUCUACAGAAGAUUGUUUUGACUGGGACUUGGGAAGAUGACGUCGAUGCUUGUGAUUCAAAACCAGACAGUGAUAAGGCAUCUCCUGUACCUCAGAGAAGCGCUACUGCCGCCGAAAUGAAGACGUUGAAAGAUACAAGAAAGGAAUUUGCUCAUAGAGCAAAAGAACGUGUUAUCAACGAUCUGCUGCCCGUCCUGGUGAAGUCAAGUGGUUCUGAACUUGAGGGGACCAGCAUGACGGAUUACCUCUCGGAGUGUAUUUCCCUGUGUUGGAGUAUGGUGGUACAGGACCCUCCUAUUGUGCUCCACUGGCCACUUGACAAGCAAGGAAGUGAUAUAGACAGGGACAUGUUUAAUCUGUACACAAAAACCGGAACGAAACUAAACUAUGAAGUGUGGCCUGCUCUUCUCUUACACACCAAUGGCCCACUUCUCAGAAAAGGGGUAGUUCAACCGUUAUAAUAUUGUACAUCCGUCCGCAUGUACCAACCGUUGAUAUCGUGAAACACAAGAUUGUCUUCCCCGAAUAUUACAAUGAAACGCUUUACUAAUUAAUGUUUAAUAGAAUGUGUAUUGAAUUCGUUAAAAUUUUCUCAUAUAGAAACAUGUAGUCCCCUUAAGGAUCCCUGUACCACUGCCAAAAACUGUUACUACACAUUGGAAACUGUUUUUGCCGGAAUGACAAUAAUUGUGAUAAAAUAUUUUGGAAAAGAAAUCCAAACCUUGUGGGAUUUGUUAGAAAAAUAACGAAGAUAAAAUAAACAAAAUGUGAUUAACAAUAGUGUUGCAAGUGUAACACCAGCAGCGGGGAUAGAUCGCGAUUCAAACACUGGAUUUAAGAUUGGUAUGUUAUCUCUCUUACCGAUUGAGCUACCUGGGCAACGGAACAAAUCAUAAUGGGACAGUUAUCCUUAAUUCGUGUGUUCCUGUCAAUAUGGAGAUGUCCGGAGUCACAAAGGAUUUGGAGAAACGUACUUAUAAGAAACAGUCACUUAAAUUAUAAAUUCAGAUUAAGGAUUUGGUUUCGUUUGUUGGGUUUAAUGUCCUACUUAUACAGUUUUGGUAAUUUAAGGACGUGCCUCCAUUUUUGUAAUGUAUGCAUGUGUGUAUCAUUGCAUGUAAAACUGCUCUUUAAUUUUUGCACUGCGCAGAACAAGGAUACUUUGAUCGGAGUACUUCUCGUUUUGACCGAUAAAGAGUGAGCUGGUAGAACAAAACUGUGUUAAUUAUAAAUGUUAUGUGACAAAUAUAAUCUUUAAUUACAUUUUUGCCAGUGAAAUAUCGGAUUCUAUCAACUUGAUACAACUGAUAUCUUUCACACUGUGGCAAAUAUCAAAAGUGAAAAUAUCACUUUUUGGUAUUGACCAAUCAUAACGGUAUCUUCUAUUCGCUGCAUUCAAAGGUAACGAUUUUUUGUUCAGAUUCAAAUGCUUAAAUCAUGCCAGAAUUAGCAGAAAACGUCGGAAUUGCGUUGAGUAUCCCAUUCAAAAUGGCGCGCAGCCUUGUUGUCAAGCGUGACGUCAUUAUAAUAUGGCGCCAAUUAUUACGAUUCUGAAAUCCGCGCUUAUUUAAUGGAUUAUAUUUUUCAUGUUUUGUGUUUUGAAAAUGUAAUAGAUAGAAAAUGUAAUGGUGUCUUCAGUAAUAACAAAUAUAUUUCACUUGUGUGGCUAAUAUUUUGAUGUUUUUUCACUCGUGGUGCGCAUCAGAUUAAAUUCAGAUAACGUUUUCUGUUACAAAGAACGUAUACAAAUAUGUUUCCCUCCUAUGGCACAUUAACCGAUAAAUUAUUAUCGCUAUUCUGUGUUACUCGUUAUUACUUGUAUACGUUUUUCAACGGAAAAUCAUUAAAACUCCUCCAUAUGCUUGAUAAUUUCCCGUUUUACCAUUUUUUUUUUUUUUGCAUAGGAGUGUGAUACACUUCAAUUUACACCUGCAAGUUCGGGAAAAGAUACGGCCUAUUGAUCCAACCGCAUUGUCAAAACAAAAAAUGACAAUAAGGGCCAAUAAAAGUAGAUAAAACAUGUGAAAGGAAAUAACAUAAAAAAUACGCAAAGGUAAAAGACAAACGUCAACUUAAAAACAUGUAAUCUACCAACAAGUGUUGUAUUGUGAAUGGUUCGUGACAUGCUAUGCGUUGAGGAUGGUCUUUUCUUUUCAAUAAUGAAGAAUUUAUCAUGAAUGAAGACCAAUCCAGAGAGAGGAGUGGGAGGGUUAGAGUAUUUCAUUUAUUUAUAUACUGACCCAUGACCUACGUUGAAUUUGUACGGACUUGAAAUUGCUCAACGGCAAUAUUUUGUUUAUUUUGGAUUUACUGUCCUCGCAACGGCCGCUUUGGGAGUUAUGACAUACGAUCGAUUUAGGUUUCUUCCAUAAUGUGAAGAAAACCCCCGAUACUGCAGGGACUGCCACAUUAGUCGCCUCGUACAAUCACAUGCGGCGGGAUGAGCAUGCCCCGUCUUUCUUUGAACCUGCAGGGGUCACUUGCACGAUAUUUUGCGAAGUCUCUUUUAAUGUGCUCUAUCAAUGAGUCAUGCACAAACGCGUCUGUUCUUUCCUUAUCGUUUUAAACACGGGCACAUAACAGUCACUGAUUCUGUUUUAUUGCCUUUUAACAGAAAAACGUGACAAAUUCUCAGUACUGAUGUAUGUUAAACUUUAGAUAUAACAUAAAUCUUCCUCGAAAAGAAUGUCAAAUCAGUUGUGUUAACCUUUCAAUAAAAGCAUGUACACACGUGAUGAUGAGUUACUUAUUGUAUUUUAUGUUAAAAACGUAGUUGUUGCAUACUGUGACAUUUUAAGGGGAUAAAAUGAUAUCUAGAUAAAAUGCAAUAGCACAGUCCAUUCAUUAUGCAUAUUAAGUUUAUCGCGGUGAGGAACUGUCACAAGAACAUGGUAUAAUUUCUGUCACAAUUGUGACCGCAGCGGGUCCUGACAGUCUACCUAAAUUAUAUUGUAAAUACACGAUAUUCAUACAAGUACUGUAUUAGUUACUCUUAUACAAUUUUCUUAUACAGAGUGAAUGUGUAACAACAAUAAUAUAUAUAUAUAGUCGAUAUAAGAGUUAGAUUGGUAAUGUCAUAACUACUAAUCGUUGUGGUGUUUUUGUUUUACCGUCUAAAUUUUACUCCAAUAAUAUUUUACGUUCAGGUUUUGCUUACUUAACAGCAAUAAGAUUCAAUAAGGUCAACUUCAGGACAUCAUUGACGGUAAAAUAGUAAUACUAGUGUUUGUAUUGACAAUAAAUGCGAUUUCAUAAUCUUA